GCCUCAGGGUCCGGGGCCCUCCCCCCCCCAACUCCGGGUCAUCUAGGGGUUUCCCGCCUCCUCACCUGGGCCCUCACCCUGAGAACUCCCCAAAGGUAAAGCCUUUCCCCCCACACUAAAUCCCGAUGGGGGCGAGGGGUGGGGUCCUGGGCCAGGAGGGGGCCUUCCAGCCACGUCCAGGCCCCAGCUCAGGCCACUGCGCUUGAAGCCCCUCCCCCCACCCUGGGAGGUACCGAAGGUGGCCUUGUUUUCCACCGGCCCCAUACACUGGGCCCUGCCACCCGCCCUCGGGGCCAGCCAGGUGGGGCAAGAUUCAGGAAGUAAACAAGGAGGCUGGAGGCCGGGAGGGCGGGAAGGAGGGUGGGGCCGGAGCCUGCAGGGCUGGAGAGGCUACGGGGGAAGCCGCAGCUGGGAUUCGUAGGAGGGAGGGGACAGAUUGAUUUGGGGGGUCGAUUUCUUCCAUACAACCUUCCCAGGGCCCCGGUUUGAAAGCUUCAGAGCUCUUGGGGUGGGGGUGGGGCUGCCCAGGCAGGACGGCUGGGACCCCGAUCUCCUCCUAUGUCUUCUCUUUGGUCUUGACUUGGCCCACUCCUGUCUUGCCUUAGAAGGGUCUGCAGAGCCGGAUGAAGGGAUCUGAAGGCUAAACCCAUCUUGAGUCAACCCUCCUGCCCAGAGGCCAGACUCUGGUUUGAAUGUCAUGGAGCUGGGUCUGUCUCCACCUCAUCUCAGCAGCUCCCCAGAAGACCUGUACCUGGCCCCUGGGACCCCUCCUGGGACUCCCCCGCCUCCCGAUGUCCCUCUGUCUGGGGAGGUGAAGAGGUCCCAGCCUGUGCCCAUUCCAACCAGCAGGAAACUUCUUCGAGAGGAGGAGCUGCGGUCAACCUCUCUACCCUCCAUCCCCAACCCCUUCCCGGAGCUCUGCAGUCCUCCUUCACAGACCCCCAUUCUUGGGGGGCCCUCCAGUGCAAGGGGGCUGCUCCCUCGAGAUCGAGAUACCAGCUGCCCCCAUGUCAUAAAGGUGUACAGUGAAGAUGGGGCCUGCCGGUCGGUGGAGGUGGCGGCGGGCGCCACGGCCCGCUACGUGUGUGAGAUGCUGAUACAGCGGUCUCAUGCCCUGAGUGACGAGAACUGGGGGCUGGUGGAGUGCCACCCCCACCUAGCACUGGAGCGGGUCUUGGAGGACCACGAGUCGGUGGUGGAAGUGCAGGCUGCCUGGCCCAUCGGCGCAGACAGCCGCUUCGUCUUCCGGAAAAACUUCGCCAAGUACGAGCUAUUCAAGAGCACCGCACACUCCCUGUUCCCAGAAAAGAUGGUGUCCAGCUGUCUGGACGCACAUACGGGCCUAUCCCACGAAGACCUCAUCCAGAACUUCCUGAAUGCAGGCAGCUUCCCAGAGAUCCAGGGCUUCCUGCAGCUACGGGGGUCAGGACGCAAGCUUUGGAAACGCUUCUUCUGCUUCCUGCGCCGGUCUGGCCUCUAUUACUCCACCAAGGGCACCUCCAAGGACCCAAGGCACCUGCAGUAUGUAGCAGAUGUGAACGAGUCCAACGUGUACGUGGUGACCCAGGGCCGCAAGCUCUACGGGAUGCCCACGGACUUUGGCUUCUGUAUCAAGCCAAACAAGCUUGGGAAUGGCCACAAGGGGCUUCGGGUCUUCUGCAGCGAGGAUGAGCAGGGCCGCCGCUGCUGGCUAGCUGCCUUCCGCCUCUUCAAGUAUGGGGUGCAGCUGUAUAAGAAUUAUCAGCAGGCACUGUGUCGCCACCUGCGCCCACCCUGUGUGGGUUCCCCGCCCUUGAGAAGCGUCCCAGACAACACCCUGGUGGCCAUGGACUUCUCCGGCCACGCUGGGCGUGUCAUCGAGAACCCCCGGGAAGCCCUGAGUGCCGCCCUGGAGGAAGCCCAGGCCUGGAGGCGUGUUCCUGGUCCGAGAGAGUCAGCGGAACCCACAGGGCUUUGUCCUCUCUCUGUGCCACGUGCAGAAAGUCAAACAUUACCUUAUCCUGCCGAGCGAGGAGGAGGGGCGCCUGUACUUCAGCAUGGACGAGGGCCAGACUCGCUUCACCGACCUCCUGCAGCUCGUGGAGUUCCACCAGCUGAACCGCGGCAUCCUGCCCUGCUUGCUGCGCCACUGCUGCACCCGCGUGGCCCUCUGACCACCCCACAGGCAGCCCGCGUCUCAGCCCACUCCGGGCUGCCCGCCCCCUCUGCUCCUAGGGCGGACUCGGAGGGGGCAGAAGGUGGGGCCAGGAACAUCGUGAAUGGCUGGGGGGCUCUCCCACUCCAGUUUUCUCCUCUGCUCCUUGCCUCCUUCGGGCAGAAAGGGCUCCCUGCCCAGUCCACCCUCAACUUUUCCUUCAGGGAAGGCAGUUGGAUGGCCGUCUCCCCAUCACGGUGCUCCUGGGCGCUGCUCUGGGCCAGGGCAUGACGGGAGAAAUGGGGGCAGCCUAGGUGGUCUUUACACCCCACAUUUUGUACAGACUGAGAGGCCAGUUGAUCUCUGUUUUAUACCAGUGACAGUAAAGAUUAUUUUUUGGUACACCUGUGAGUUCUGUCUCGCAAAGCCUAACUGGAGCGGGGCGGGGGGGGGGGGGGGGGGGGGGGGCAGGAGAGGCGCGUACCAGUCAAGGUCUUGGGAAGGUGUCAGAGGGAUUGUGGCCACAUGCCAGCCAAGCCUGGAUGUUUCUGGAGGCGCUCUUGGUCAUCCGAGAGUCUCGGGUGCCCGGCAUGGAGCCUGGCCCAUAGUGGGUGCCCGAGGAUUGCUUGCGAAAUGAGUGAAUGGGCAGGGGACUGUCAUCCAGGUGAGCUUUCCUGACAAGACCUAAAGCUAUGGAGGUCACUCUAACAGGGCCCGGGAGCUGGAGGGGAGUCAGACAGCAUCCGUGUCCUCGGCACGUCCUGGGCUACCUGAUGGGAUAACGAGUCCCGACAAACAUACAGUCCGCCACCACCGAGUCACACAAUGACUCUGUUACCUCACCUCCAACAGGUCCCUGUGACGACCCGCCCCCACCCCACCCCCCAAUCCCGCUCCCUCUUCCCCAGCCCCAGGUCUGCUUUCUGUCCUUACAGUUGGUUCUACACCCCCUAGAAAGCCGAAUGGAGUCCCACGGCACUCGGCCGUCUGAGUCGGACUUCCCUCUCCAGUCUUCAACAUUCAGAGUGAUCCCCCACACCUCCACGUGAGCCCAGACAGAUCCUGCAGGGUCUGGCCUCUGCCCACUGCCCAUACCAGUCUAUGUUUUUGUCUUAGUUUUAUAGUUUCCGCUCUUAGAUGAUGGGGGAGUUUUAUAAGAAAGGUAUCAGGACUUCCUAGGCGGUGCAGUGGUAAAGAAUCCGCCUGCCAAUGCAGGGGACACAGGUUCAAGCCCUGCCCUGGGAAGAUUCCACAUGCCACGGAGCAACGACGCCCGUGCACCACAACUAUUGAGCCUGUGCUCUAGGGCCUGUGAGCCACAACUACUGAGCCCAUGUGUCGCAACUAUUGAAGCCCACGCACCUAGGGCCCAUGCUCCACAACAAGAGAAGCCACUACAAUGAGAAGCCUGCGCACCACAACGAAGAGUAGGCCCUGCUCGCUGCAACUAGAGAAAGCCUGUGUGCAGCCACGAAGACCCAACACAGCCAAUAAAUAAAUAAAAUAAAUAAAUUUAUAUAAAAAAACAAAAAAAGGUAUCAGAUUGGCAACACCUGAACUGCUGCUCAAUCUUCAAAUCACAAAGAGACCCUCCCUCCAGAUAUGUGAAUCUCAGUGAGGCAUUAUUUUUGCCAAGAUAUCAAGCUCCCUGGAUCCAACGACUAAUAGUUUAUCAGAAAUAAAAGGAACAGAGGAACACGUGAAAUGACACAUGGGGAUACAAUUACCAAAAUCCAGAUUAGGAAACUACAGAACAGAUAACCCAGUUUCUUCAACAACAAAAAAUUACAAGAAAAGAAAAGAUGGGGAUUCUCUAGGUUUCAAGAAAUUUAGACAUCUAUCAAGCAGAUGUAAUGUGUUGACCUAUUUGAUUCAAAUCCAAACUAGCGAACUGUAAGAAGCAUUUAUGAGCAAUUGGGGGAAAUUUGAACUCUGAUGAGAUAUUUGAUAAUAUUAAGGAAUUAUGGUUAACUUUUUAAGGGGUGAUAGUGGUAUUGUGGUUAUGGUUUUUUUUUUUUUAAGUCUUUAUGUUUGAGGUUCAUUCUGAAGUAUAUAUGGGUGAAAUGA